GUUUGACACCUCCCUCCUCCUCUCCCCCCAUACGCUCACUCUGUUCCUGCAGCCUUCAGCUUCGUCCCUAUCCGGUUCAUUUCCAGAAAACGAUCUAAGUAUCACUUCCGAGAGAGUUCUUCUCAGCUGAAAAUUUUCGAACUGUUGUGGUGCCCCUCAUCCGCGUUUCCCUCCCGACCUCCCUCAAACCAGCUUGAAUCUCGACCGAUCGAAGCUCCCUCCGCCUUUCGGCCUUGCCACUGGCAGGCGGCCUUCCCAUCUUGGCUCGUUCGGCCUUUCAACAAACCUGUCGCAAUUCUUCCCAAAUCCUCCCUAAACCUCAGCAGACACACCUGAAUCACUCAACGUUGUGCUUGACCCUUAUCCUCUCGUACUCCACUACCGCUUUCCAUCAUCAACCCCGUCGGCAACCAAUGAGAUCGUCGUAAACCGAAUCCCCCCUCCCCGGAUAGCAUCACACACUCUCCACCUAGCCAUCCUCAUGGCACGACGUUACCACAUCGAUGAGCUGCUAUGGCUGCGCGGAUCGCCCCUGGUUGUUCGACCUCCUACUCUGCCGCCAGUAGACGAAUGGAUGGGCCCCAUCCCCGACCCUACCACACAACGCAAAACAUCGAAUUCUCGAGAAACUACCAAUCCCAAUGAAACUACACCCAGACGGCCGAGCCUCUUCGAUACCCGUCACAUCUCCCGAAACUCGAAUUCAGAGGAUAUCAUUCUCGGGCCUCCCAAGACCGCAUUCGCUUCUGCCUCUCGCAUCGCUGGCAAGGGUUCCAUAGACUCAACGGAAAGGUCGUCCAGGCCGCACGAUUCCGAGGACCUGAAAGCCGACCGGUUUGCCUUCCGGGAUAAGUUCUUCAAGGAACGAGAUCCCAACGACCGGGAUUUCGACCGACGCGAUGGGAAGAUGGGUGCCUUCAAUGCUCGGCGCGGGGACAAGGAAGACUGGACCAAUGGACGUCCUCGUCGCACGUUCGGGCAGGAUGAACAGGACCGCAAGCCCAGACGGAAUGGAGAGUUUGACAGAUGGGAUAACCGCGAUCCACGCGAGUCGACCCACGAUAGAACUGUGAGAGACAGCAAGGAUACCCGCUUUGCCCCUCGCAAAGAUGGAACUCCGGGGCGCGCCAGACAUGAAGGAAGCUGGUUUCGAGAUGAUAAUGCUCCCCACGAUACCACCGACAUGGAGGAAGACAAGACUCCAAUCCGCAACCGAGAAUGGCGUCGCGAUCGACAUGGCGCUGAUCGCGACUGGACCCGCGGGGCCAAAUUUGAACAGGAGCCUGAGUGGCUGGAUACCAAUGACAAGGAUGAGUCUCGAAGAGUACAUACACAAGAGGAUUUCGAGCGUUGGAAGGAGAGAAUGAAAGCCGGAUCUCAGCCGCAUGCAACGGAAAAGGACGAGAUUCCUGCCGAAACAAAUAUUGCACCUUUACAGCAGGUGGAUCAUAGACCCACCGACGGGGAGAUUUUCAGCACUAACGGCACUCCCUUCCAGCAGGACUCAACUAUGGAACGCUUCUUCGGCUUGCUGAGCGAGUCUAAGCCUGCACCUGCACCUGCACCUGCACCUGCACCUGCGCCGGAAGUUAGCGCUCCCCCCGUGCAGGUGGAGGCGACUCCAAAGAAGGAGGCCCAAGCUUCUAAAGCUAUGAAGUCGUCCCGCUUUGCUGGGCUUUUCAGUCCUCCGCCAGGAAGCCCUGCGAGAGACUCGGAACCUCAGCCUGAUACCAGAUCUCCAGCUCUGACACCUGCUGGAUCCACCGACGCCGAUCAAGAAGGGUUCCAACGUAUUUUGCUUAUGCUUGGGGGCGGGAAAUCCCGCAAUGGGACACCCCACAAUGAGACUAUUCCUGCUAACCGACCUCCAUCUUUGGUGCAGGCGGAACAAGUCCAGAGUGCUGUUUCUUCACCUUCUCGAGAACAUAUCAAGCGGCAAGAAUACCUGGCUAUGCUGGAGACACCAUCUCGAGCGGCUGGACCUCCCUUCAAGGAGAAUCCAUACCCUCAGGAAACACAGGCUCGUGAUAGAGAGUACCUUCUUCGACUGAUGCAGCAAUCCACUGGUGCUACUUCAAGCGGUCCUGCUCCUGGUGGUCAGAAUCAGCCUCACAGUGCUGGGCCAGUGCCCCCAAUGAUGAACCUGCCGGAUGUGCUGUCUCCUCCCCCCGGUAUUCCUCCUGUUCAAAAAGGCCCCAACUUCCUUGAUGAUCCAGCAAUUGCAAAUAUUCAAAGACCCGAUGCCGAACACCUUCGGAGACGGCCAGUGAACGGGCCCCCGAUGGGAUACUUUGACGAUAUCCCUUUCCCUCCCGGUGGUCAGGUUCCUAUCACUCCUGGUGGAGCCAGAGCUCCUCACGGUCAAGGACAUCCUCCUAUGGGAAUGCAGAGACCGCCAGGUUUCGAGCAUCUGCCGCCCCCUGGAUGGGCAGGUCCCCAGCUGCCUCCGCAGCCUGCUGGUGGACCGGCGCCUUUGGCUCCUCCUCCAGGGAUCCCAACUCCUACACGAGGUGUUAACCCAAGUUAUAUGGCAAACAUGAUGCCGAUGCAUGGAAAUGCUCCUCCGCUUAAUGAGCGUGAGCCUUUCCCGCGUGCUAAUGGCGGUGGAUCGGCUGGCUUCCCCCCGCCUCCUGGGAUGAUGCCUCCUCCCGGCUACAUGAAUGGACCCCCACCAUCUUUUCCGCCCAUGCCACACAGCGGCGACGUUAUGAUGGGGCUUGGACCUCGUGGACAAGUUCCUUUUGAAGGAGGACCCCCGCCGCAAGGGCCUCCACCUUCGUCUCGGCAUCUGUUGGAGAUGUUCGGUCAAGUUGGCGGUGACGCCAGAGGUGGCAUGAUUGGUCCUGGACAGUUCAGAUAAGCGAAAGAGUAUGUGGGUUCGCGGUGUGCUCGAUUGCCCGUCCUACCCUUGCUGACAGGAUAAUGGCUCUGUGACGAGUAUCGAGAGGUUGUAUCACCACUGACUUCUCUCCACUACGGACCAACCCCUUAAAGAAAUGAGAAAAUUGAGAGUAAUAAGCGGACAGGAGGUCGUUCGUCUAUUUGAUAGAUGAUCUCUUGCGCAACAGCAACCAGCCUGGGUUUCUAGAUGGCUUGGUGGCACCAAUGAAGGUCUAUUGCU